AUGUCUACAUUGCCAGGGGUCAGUUUGAAGGGGGAGAAAAGCAAAGGAAAGAAUUCAUUUCAAUCAUUGAAAAUAAAUUGUUUGUAUAAAGGUGAGUCUACAGAAAGUAAUCAACAUAAAAGCAUAGCACCACGUAAAAAUGGAUUGCAAUCUAUUGGAAAGGUUAUCCGUAGUGUUCGUAACCCUGUUAAUUUACCAAGUGAGAAGUCCGAAUCUAGCCAUGAGUCUACAAUCAAUCUAGUCCCUAUCGGUGGUGGAGGAUGGAACAAACCAGUCAUAGAAAAAUCACUUGUGGCUGCGGGCAAAGAGGUUCCGCCAACAUCUAUUGCCACGACGACAUCUCAACUGUCCCAAAGUGGGCCUGUACAGGGACAACAACAUGCUUCGUCCCAUCCUACUUCCGUGCAAGUGACGACCACCACCACAACAACAAGACCUUCUCAUGCCGACGGCAAAACAUGGGCCAAAAAAAUUGUGGAUGUUCCAGUUGCUCCCCCAUAUUUAGCACAUCGUACAAUGCAAUUCCAACAAGAAUUUCCAAGUCUUACUUCAAGUGGAGAACACAAAAAUGUAAUAAACACAAAUAUACCUAUACAGGCCAACACAGAACAGAGACCUUCUCUUCGUCCUCAAACCGAAACAAGUUGGAUGCAAGGUGGCAGUCGACCCCAAAUGCCGCAAGGCGCCGGCAGUGUUACUGGAGUUUCAGGUCAACCUCUUCAUUCUCAAACAUCUUCCGGGACAGAAAAUGUGAAUGGCGUACGGAGCAAUUCGGUCCAAAAUGGGGUGGCCGGGGCCCCGGCCGGCCUGAAUCCCUAUCAAAUGCAAUAUAACAUGACUAAAAAUCCUGUUAUGAGGAAUAUGUUGCCUAACUUUAUGGUUCCAAAUCAAUCUGAUAAUAUUAUAUAUCAUACCAAACAACAUAUUUAUCCAUCAGAAAAAAUGUUUCACCAUAUUUCAUCUUCAUCAAUGAUCACUGAUGGUGUUUUAAGUAAACCUACAGCAGAUAUCAAGGAACUUAUACCUCCUCCGAUUAUUCGUGAAGAAGAUUUAAAAAGAAUGAAUGAACUCUCCAAAGAAACUGGGUGGUCUAUACAAGGAGAAAUUGACUACAAUAAAAAGUUGGACUUCAGUGAUGAUGAAGACCAAUUGAAUGAAAAAUUAAAUAAACAAUCAUUGAAUGGUGAUAUCAGAAGUAGAUCCGAUAAUACUAAAGGUUACUUAAGUAAUAAAAUUUGUGAUCCAAGUCUGGUUCAAAAUUUAAAGGAGGGUAUUUUCAUGCAUGUCAAUGUCAAUGGAGAUGUAACUUACAACUCAGAUUAUAUGCAACAAUAUAGUAGAACACCGUCAUCUCAUCAAGAAGAACGUCAAGUAGAAGAUCCUUAUGACGAUGAGUUAUCAGGAAGAACACGUGACGUAACUGAGGUGGUAUCUGUUGCCUUACAACGUUCAAAAGAUCGAAAAUUAGAAGAGAUGAAACGUUAUGAAAUGCAACAACAACUAGAAGCAACAAAAUUAAAAAAAAUGGACGGAGAAAAUAAAGAUAAUAAAGAUAAAGAGUUCGUAGACGAUCCCUCAAAGUUCCGAUCUGAAUUAUCAAAAGAUAAAUAUGAUGAAAGCAAUGACAAUAAAGAAAUUAAUACUAAAUAUUUAUCUUCAAGACUGCAAAAACAAUUUGAACAAAACAAUGACGCCAGUAAUAAAGCUCAAAAUGUUUCUUCUACAAAAGGUAUAAAUACACUUUGUCGUACUGAUAGUGAUAUGAGUAGUAGUGGAUAUUCAGAGUACAGAAGUGAUUCAUGGGUUGAAGAUGAUCAUACAAAUAAAUCAUCGAGUUUGAAACGGGAUAAACGAUCAGAAUUUGAUAGAUACAGAAGGGAAAAGGUUCGUUCAGAUCCUAAAGACAAAAAUGAUAAAUAUACACAUAGUGAUUAUACUUCUAGAGGUGAUGACAAUAGAAAGAAUUAUGAUCACAGACGUGAUUUCAAAAGGAAUGAUGCCGGAAGUAAUGUAAAGAAAUCAGUUGAUGAUAAUUAUGAUGCUGAUAAAAAAGAAUUUACAAAAGUAUCAAAAUAUCAUUCUCGAGAUUCUUUAGAAACUCCAGAGGAUAUUGAAAAAGAUAAUGUGCAAGGUGAUGAUGAAACUUAUCAUUGGAGACAAAAUUCUCUUGGUAAAGAUUUCUAUAAAGAUGAAAAUAAUUCAUCGGGCCAAUAUGGUAAAAAAUAUAUACCUGGCCCCAUAACUCAAGAGAAACUUGAAGCUUGUGAACUAACCAGUGAACCUAAACGGAAUUUAAAUCAAUUAGUGAAAAGUGAAAGAAAGGAUAUGAAGAAAAAUGAUCAAGGUGACGAUUUAUCUAAUAAAGAUAAAUCUGUUUGGGAUUUAGCUCCAACUAAUAAUAAAAAUAAAAUGUUGCAAGAACAAAAACUUGAACAGGAAACAAAAAGUGGUAAAAGUGGUCAAAAAAAUGAUGACGACAAAUUAUCAGUUUCCAGGUCUGGGUCAAAUAGAAAAAAUGCUUGGCCGGAGUCUUAUGAAGAAGGUCAACGUUCCAGAGGUCCUCCUCGACGCGAUGACAGAAAUCGCGGUGAUGACAGGAAUCGCGGAGACGACCGGAAUCGUGGGGACGACAGGAAUCGAGGUGAAGACAGAAAUCGAGGAGGAAAUAGAAAUGAUGACCGAAAUCGAGGAGAUGAUAGAAAUAGAAACGAUGAUCGAAACAGAGGAAGUAUAAGACAAAAUGAUCGUUAUUCUGACAAAUCGACGUUACGUGGAUAUGGUCAGAGAUCUGAACAGAGAGGAAGAGUGCGUUUAGAAUCAAACACUUUAAAUGGACGUAGCAGUCAAAAAAAUAGUAUCGAUGAAAAUGUUGAGAAAAACAAAUUAAAUCCAAACUCUGGUUCUAUUAGAAGUAAAAAUUCAUCAUCUAAACCACAGUCUAAGUUAGAUACAUUUACAACGUCUGGAGAUACAAACCGUAGAAGUGGUGAAAGUCGAUUCGGUUCUAGACAAAGUAAUCGACCACUCAAUAGUCAAAAACAAGAUGAUCAUUGGGAUUCGGUCAGUGAACCUAGUGAUUAUGAAGCUCAACAAAAAAGUAGUAAUCGGAGACUAAGUAGUCGUACAUAUUUAGCAUCAUCAAGGGGUGACAAAAGAUCCAGUUAUGAUAAAAAGGAUCAGCCCAAAGAACUUGGUAAUGCUGACAAAUCCAAUCAAAAGUUAACAGCAACUACUUCUAUUAAUGACCCUAAGAGUGGUUAUAGUGGAAGUACUUCUCAGGAUGGAAGAUCUAUUAAAAAAGAUGACCAGAGAAAGUUGAGUGAUUCACAACAAAAAAUUCAACGUUUAACCAAUCAGAGUAAUCGUAAAGAUUCUUCUAAACCAACAUCUAGGACUAAUCAAAAUAACAAUGCAGCUAAGCCUGGUCAAACAAAUCAGAGGUAUGAACGUCAAAAAAGUCAGCCACAAAUUGGUCAAGACGACUCAAACGUUCCCAUCAUUAAAGAUACUGUAGUUAUGGUUAGCAACAAUCCUCCCCCUCCUCCACAAACAAAUGCUUGGGACAAACCAAUAACUCAUGCUCUCCGAGCACAGUCACCUAAUGUAAAUAAGCCAGUUGCUCCACAGCCUAACAACCGACCUAAUAGUUUAACUGAAAUUAAAGAAAUUCCUGGACAGACAUCCCAGAGGUUACCUUCAAAUAAAGAAAAAUCUUCACCCAAUGUUAUGGAAAAUGGUAUUCUUGAUUCUUCGCAACGUAUGGAAACAAUUAUAUUUGAAAAUACUACGUACAAAUCAAAACCGUGUGGAGAAUCUAAAAAUAAAUAUAAUUCCAAUAUCAAGCAGCGCAAUGAAAAAGAUACUUGUAAUUUUAAUGAAGAUACUCAAGAAACUUGCUUUAGAGCAUUCAAAUCUGAUAGUAAAGACUCUAAAUUAAAUGAUGCCGUACAGAUGUCUAUAAGCUUUCAAAAUGAUGAAAGUUCCGAGUUGAAUCUUGGAUUUGGAGAUUUUGACUCUGAUUUUACUCAAAGUGGUGGUCAUUUAUCUGUAGAAAACAAAGAUGUUAUGGCAAUGGCAGCCGCCCAUACCAGAUCAAUGCAUACUGGACCAUCGUCAUUAGCAGCGAGUGAUUUAAAAACUAUGAUAGCUGGCACUAAAAAGGUUUGGGAUGAUAAACCAGAAUCUAAUCCACAAGUCCAACAAAACAUUGCUGAUAGUGCUUUUAAUACAGUGUAUAGCACUGCAAGUAGUGGACAACACGAUAAAUCUGAAAUUUCUGUUAUUGAUGAACAAAGAGUUCACAAUCAGCAAGUGUACAGCCCUGCACCUCAGUUACAAAAUGUUGCUGGCUCUUACAUUCCAGUGUCCAUGGCUGCUGCUGGUCAACUCAAACAAGAUCCAAAUGCUGCUACCACAAACGUAUGCAAGGUUAAACCUCAACCGCAGGGUACAUUAUCGCCCCCAUUGAGUCAACAACAACAACAGCAACAGCAGCAGCAGCAGCAACAACAACAACAGCAGCAGCAACAACAACAACAACAACAACAACAGCAGCAACAGCAACAGUCAUCUACUAGUACACAUGUGUUCAGCUCUACAACACCUCAACCGCAUACAUCAACUACACCACUUGCUAAUGCUAUACCAACACAAGCAACCCACAUGAAUUUACAAAUAAUGAUGGAAAAUAGUGAUGGAUUACCUGAUAUGUAUGGCCCUCAUAUUGCUAAACAACAGCAGACACAUUUAAUAUUAAAUACCAAUAAUAAAACUGGAGUAGAAAUGAUGACUAAACAGUUUGUGUCCGCUGGUACUGGACAAUCUCCUUCAUCAGCUAUUUUGUUUAAUUCAGCUCAGCAACAUUACUCAACAACAACAAUGCCACCACCAUCCCCUUCUGCUCCACAAGUUUAUUCGUUAUUAGAACCUUCUCAAACCGUUAUUAGCGGUGCAGCACGGUCUCAAUAUAAUCAAUUUGCAUAUGGUCUUCAAUCUAAUGGUUUGAAUCAAAAUAUGAAUCAAUAUAAUCCAUCAAUGUUUAUUCAUGCUGGUUCACCGGCUGGUCAAGGUGGUUCAGAAGUAUUACAAUCUUCUAUAUCUCCAUUCAGAAUGGGACCGGCUUAUAAUAAUGGUCAGCAAUUAAAUACAAAUAUAAACCCAGUAUUAAUACCGAGCAGUACUAAUUCUUCUUCCUCGCAAGUAAAACAGUCUUCACAGCAAAUUGGAACGAUUGGAAAUAAAAAUACGUAUAAUGCUACAACACCUCAACCUUCACCUUUUUUGGUGCCAUUUGAUCCUAUAUUCAACCAACCAUUCAAUUCCAUGAACAAUACAAGAGCAACACCAUUGCAAACUUCCUCGUCCCUAUACUCUACUAAUUCAGCAACAGGACCUACAAAUCCUAGUUAUAUUCCAUCUGCAUUUCAACCACAAGUGGUUCCUGGCGCAUCUGGUGGAAACACCUUUGGAAUUCCAGCCGCAUUUGGUUCUCAAAACGCACCACCCCCAAACAUGCAAAGUUAUACGUCACAGUAUCGACAAGUCCCAUACAUAAAGGGAAAUUUGGCUGGUGGAAAUGGUACAAACGACCUUCAAAAGUCUGGAAUCUCAAAUCAACAAGAUUUAGGAAAUCCCAUGUAUUCUUCUAACUUAUUCAGACAACAACAGCAGCAAUACUUCGAUAAUAAUAAGACAUUGAUGAAUUCAAAUCAACAAACUCAUCAGGCUAUGCAAGGAAAAUAUAGUAAUUAUCAAGUCUCCGCCACUCAAAAUAAUCAGUUGCCCUUGAUGCAGCAACCCAGGAUGAACAUGAACAACAGCAACAAUGGAUCAAUGGCUGGUAAAAUCGCACCUCCGUAUCCAACUCCCAUCCAAAGGCCUGUAUCAACUUUCCAAUAUUUACAGCGUAUUCCACCACCGCCACAAAACAUGCGAAUGCAACCGAACUGUGCACCAAUACAACACUUAAUGAACAAAAGCCAAACCUCUAAUAACUAUUAUGUGUCUAAUGCAGGUUUGAUUGUUGAACCUCCCUUGCCUAUUCCCAAUAAAAUUGAUAAUGCUAAUGCAAAUGUUGAUUCAAAAGCCGAAGAAAAAAUAGACAGUAGUUCAAAACCACAAAGCACAGAAUGUAUAGAUGACAAACCUCUGGCGACUAAUGAAUAA